CCCAGCUUGGGAGGUUGCCUUUCGUACCGUAAGAUUGCUCUUCAGUUCAUCAGCCAGCCACCCGCAAAAUAGAUGCGUGUCAUUAAACAUACGAGUCAGACCUAAGAUAGCUGCUAUCAGGACUCUUCAGCCAUUAUUUCAAUCUGCAGGCUGGCGUUUGACAAGGACUUGGUCAUUGCACCGGGAGAAGUGAGGAAGCGGCGUGAGGACCACCAAAUAGGCAAGGAUUGAAAUUGCGCCUGCUUCCUUAUUCCGUAUUUUGGGAGUCGCUGACCUUUCAAGCGGCAGCGGUGUCACUCCUGAAUUGACGCCUUGAAAUAUAUUAGUUGCCAUGAGUGACACAUUUCGACCUCCUUCACUCCAAGUGAGCGUUCCAAACGAUGCGCCGGUAUAUUCGGACGGAGGUAGGAACAGCCUGUCGGAGUACUCCAUGAAGUCCAGCUCCUCCACACCGACGCUUCGCCGUAAACGCUUCAAGAUGCGGCGCAUGCGAAACGUCCCCAGUGAGAGGGCCCUGGAACGGGGGCAGCUAAGUAGCAGUCACCUCAAGGCUCGUUCGCACUCCGGCUCCAAGGAAUACCUUCAGCUGCCUUCCAUUGAGAUCACGCCGUCCAGUGAUGAAGAUGCUCCCGCUUCGUGGUCGAGCUGCUCUACGCCCAGUGCCUCUCCACGACGGAAGCGUUUCCUGUUGAGGAAGUGGCUGAAAGUCAGAGAGAAGAAGGAGCAAGGCAGUGAGAGCAGCAGCCAGCAGAGUAGCCAGCAAAGCAGCCAACAAAGUAGCCAUGAAGAUGAUACCACUCGUUUCUUGACUCCAUUCAUCAGAGAGGAGAGGUCUGACAGUGCAGCCGACAAAAUCAGCACUGCCAGUAACUCCAACAAGAGCACUCCUGCUUGCUCACCAGUCCUGCGCAAACGCUCACGCUCUCCCACACCACAGAGCCAGGAAGGUGACAACAUGGUGGAGAAGGGCUCGGACCACUCCUCGGACAAGUCCCCCUCCACGCCCGAGCAAGUAGUUCAGAGGACCUAUUCACUGCAGUCGGCACGCAGCGGGGGAAAGAACUCUAAAUCUCACAAGCGACUUUCCAAAAAGAGCCAAAGCUGGUAUAACCAUGAAAGACAACACAUCAUGAGAGUGCUGAGCCCAACAUACAAGCAACGCAAUGAGGACUUCAGGAAACUCUUCAAGCAGCUACCUGACACUGAGAGACUCAUUGUUGACUAUUCCUGUGCUCUGCAACGGGACAUCCUACUACAGGGACGACUCUACCUCUCCGAGAACUGGAUCUGUUUCUAUAGCAACAUAUUCCGCUGGGAAACACUGCUAACGGUGCGGCUAAAGGACAUCUGCUCAAUGACGAAAGAGAAGACUGCCCGCCUUAUUCCCAACGCCAUCCAGGUCUGCACUGACAAUGAGAAGCACUUUUUCACCUCUUUUGGAGCCAGAGACAGGACGUACAUGAUGAUGUUCAGACUAUGGCAGAAUGCGCUGCUUGACAAGCCGCUGUGCCCCAAAGAGCUGUGGCACUUUGUCCAUCAGUGCUACGGCAAUGAGCUCGGCCUGACCAGUGAUGACGAGGACUACGUUCCCCCUGAUGACGACUUCAACACCAUGGGGUUCAGUGAAGAGAUUCCAAAUGAGGAGAAUGAGAUGAACAACGACAACUUAUCGAAAAGCAGUGCAGAAGCCAAGCCUGAAGCGAGUCCACCUCUUCUUCACAAGAAGGUUGUCCCAAACAGCACCAUCAACCGCACGGGCAACCAUGACACACCCAUCACAUUUGACCUCUCCACAGAUGAUUUCACAGACUGCCAACUGGAUGGCGAGCUGUUAGCUGUGCCCCUGCUGGUGGAAGAGAAGAGCAACGACACCAGCGGGACUGGCAUUCCCAUCCCCUCACCCUCACUCGACUUCAACGACAACGAGGACAUCCCCACGGAGCUCAGCGACUCUUCAGAGACACACGAUGAGGGUGAAGUUCAGGCCUUUCACGAGGAUCUGAAUGGGAGGCAGCACAUCAACGAGAUCUACAAAUUUAGUGUGGACAAGCUGUAUGACAUCCUCUUCACGGAGUCACAGUUCAUGAGCGAUUUCAUGGAGCAGCGGCGAUUCUCAGAUGUGGUUUACCACCCAUGGAAGAAGGAGGAGGCUGGGAACCAGACAAGGGAGAUCCUGUACACCAUUUCACUGUCAAACCCUCUAGCCCCCAAGACAGCAACAGUCACUGAGACACAGACUCUAUACAAGGCCAGUCAGGAGAGUGAGUGUUACAUCAUCGACGCUGAGGUCAUCACGCAUGACGUUCCCUAUCACGACUACUUCUACACCCUCAACCGCUACAUGCUCACCCGGGUGGCCAAGAACAAGUGUCGCUUACGGGUAUCAACAGAGUUGCGCUUCAGAAAACAGCCAUGGGGGCUCGUGAAAGGCUUCAUUGAGAAAAACUUCUGGAGUGGGUUGGAGGAGAACUUUCGCCAACUUGAGGUGGAGCUGUCCAAGCUGGAGGAGAUCCUGACCGAGGCCCACCAGCUCUCCCCGAAGACUAAAGUGGUGAAAAGCGCCACGGUGAGACGGAAAAAGAGGCCAACCCCCCACAUGCGGAGCCAGCAUCUGGACGAAGCACUCAGUCCCGUCACCACGCCGACGGACGAGGAAGUGAUUCAGCGCAUCAAACAAGUGGCAGGCUCCACACAGACCAGACAUCAGAGUCCGGAGCACCGUCGCCUACCUGGAGGCUUGGCUCUAUACAGCGUCUCCAAACUGCUCCUCAUCAUCAGCUUUGUGAUCUGUCUAAGUCUGGUCCUGUUGGUGUUCCUCAAUAUGAUGUUGUUCUACAAGCUAUGGAUGCUGGAAUACUCUGCGCAGUCUUUAACAACCUGGCAAGGUCUGCGGCUGCACGAAAGUAAACUUCCUCAGACACAAAUGGAGUGGGCCCAGCUCCUGGAGGCACAGCAGCGUUUCCAUGAUGCCGAGCUGCAGAAGUGGCGGGAGAUAAUCAAGUCAUCCGUGGUGUUACUCGACCAGAUGAAAGACUCUUUAUUGAACCUCCAGCGGGGUAUCGGAUUGAGGGACUACAGCUCGGAAAACGAUGACAAGAGGACUCACUACCAUUGACCCGCUGCCACAAACAAGGCCAUGAUGGGCAUGCUGUGCAAUAGUGGACCACUUUUUUUUUUUUUUAAUGAGUCUGUAUGCAGGGAGAUUAAGACAAAGCAGGUCCAGAAACAGGAAGAGCGGGGGAGGGGAGAGGUCGCAGACGGGACGUGACAAGAUUUCUCCAGCAGCACCGACGCCAUCCUACUGUAAGCCAUGUGUGUCAUCCCGGGGAUCAGGCAGGGAGAACUUUCACACUAUUGCAUGCAUUUCGACAUCUUGCAUCAACUCCUGUCAGUAUUCAUGUGGUUCUAAUUCCAGUCUGUGUGUCUCAAAAACAACUGGAAGAGGGGAGACAGGGUUCAUUUGGAGAGUUCGGUCUUUUUACUCUCUUGACUGUUCCUCAACGUCCCCCUAGAGGUCCUCGCUGCAGCUUCUCUUUCAGGGUCGGACAGCCGACUGCAGUUGGUUUGACCAUCAUCUUGCAAAUCUGGCCCCAGUGGUCUUUGUCAGGGCUGGUUCCCUGUCAGACAGCCAAAUAUGAAGACAACACAAUCUGCUUUGACAAUGUUUGUUUCUGCGCACCGUUAAAUGAACCUUUACCAGUCAAAGAUGGUCGAAUGUAGAAAUAGAAUGUGUGCAUCGAUUAGAAGACUUCAAAAAAGAGACACUGCAGCCAGACUAGUAGGGAGACGUCUUCUUACAUGUUUUGUUACUAAACUGUGACUAUAUCUCUUGAGAAGUGUUUCCAAUUAGAAAGAAUUCUAUGAAUAUAUUUGAAAUAUAUAAGAGUAUUUCAUUAUUUAAUGUAUAUAUUUCAAAAUAUAUGAGCAUUAGCUAUAUUUAUUGUUCAUUUAUGUACAUAAGAAAUGAGAGCUCUUGUGCUGCUGAAUAAUUUCUAAAAAAAAAAGUUUUCAUGUUUAAAAAAAAAAA